AAAAAACACUUCAAUCGCCUUUUCUAUAUACUAUCUAAUCUAUCACUCCUGUUUAGAUUGGCUUUGUGUGGUUCCAGGCACGGAAAGGACUACUGAGAUAUAAAUCCAUAGUUGCUUGUCAGACUUGUCACGUAUUUUAAAAUUAGAAAUCACCUUACGGGUUUCCUGUCAAAAAUGACAUAUCAGCGACAUUCAGGGUGAACGUGUUGCGUCGUUAUCGCAACGCGUUGCAAUAUGGUCAAUAGACCGUGGUAGAUUUUUGCGUCAAUAAUUAGAAGCGGGGCAAUUUAGUCGACGAAGGACUCGUAGACGAGCGCGAACUGUUAUGUGAAAGAGAUCCCGUGCACUUGAUUACUUCGAGAAACUAUUACUUCUCAGAGGGUCUGACUGUAACAGCCAAGAAAUUUGAUAGCGGCUUACAUUUGAAGGUGCAUUCGAGCAGAACACCAAGCGAGUCAAACCAAAAUAAUGCAGCAGGUUUUAGUAACAAAUGACAGCUCCGAGAUGAACAGCACAGCAAAACCUUCUGAAAUGGACGAAGGGUUUCCACUGGCGUUGAUCAUUGGCUAUAUGAUCUUGUAUGUCAUUUUCUUCACGGUUGCAUUCUUCGGCAACAUCAUGGCACUUCUAACAUGCUACAAGAAAUACCAUUCAUCGCGAUCUAUUCUUCUCGUCUACAUCGCCAGCCUCGCCACCGCUGAUUUGCUCUUCGCAAUUCUUUCGAUUUUCGACAUAAUCUACUUCUUUCUCGGUUCCUGGCCUGGGGGCAACGCCUUGUGUAAAAUUCAAGGCUUCCUAAUCGAAACAUCGUACUCCGCAUCAAUAUUGACCUUAGUUGCGAUCAGUUACGAAAGAUCUCGCUCCGUCACUUCAACCACGCUAGCGAGAAAUCGGGGCGUUGAGCAACGUACUGUUGUCAUAAAAGUACUAUGGAUCGUGUCCAUCGCACUGUGCGUUCCAUUGCUCUACGGAUACGCUACUAAAGAAGAGAAAGGGAAGCAGCUCUGCUUGAAUACGAACUGGGGAGACAGCGGGAGACAAACGUACUACAUCCUUCAAGCCGUUCUCAUAUUUAUUUGCCCUUUAAUUUUCAUGGUGUGGGCGCACACGAAAAUCUUGCGCGUACUGCAAGCGCACAUAAGGAACAGUGAAGGCGUGGGAUCUGUUGAGUCCAAGCAACACAAGGUGACAAAGAUGUUGGCUGUAGUAACUCUAUUUUUCUUCUGCUGUUGGUCUCCGUUCAUCAUGGUGCGCGCUUUGCGCUAUUUCUAUGUCUACGAAGGCAAUGAACUGUGGAAGCUCACGCAAAUUAUUAUCUUUGGAAAUUCUGCAGCCAAUCCGAUCUUGUACUGCUUCUACAGCGGACAGUUCCGACGAUCUUUCAAAGAGAUCAUCAGAUGCAAAUUCGAAAUACAAGGGAGGCGAAAGAGUCGCGCCGGCAGUCAUUCGACAUUUGCGUUGCACGAUGUCCGUCACAACAGUGUCAAAUUUAAAAGAACCGCUGAACUGGAAAUAGCGAACGACAGCUCGUCGACGGCGUUUCAGUGAGAUUCAAAUACAGCUUGUCAAGCUUCGUGAACUAACAACUUGUAAUAAACACUGCUGGAAACAGGCAAACUGUGACCGCGCUCCCUUGGAGGUCGGAACAUUUUAAAACGCGAUUAUUAGAUUUUUUUAUCUGUUUUCAAAACAAAAGACAGAACACAUCAGGGGUGCAAAGUUGAACGCUAACAUUGCAUAAUCGCUUUUGUUUCUCGUUCUUUAGAAACUUACUCGGGUCUUUGUGAUCACAAACCUUGUUAUCUUCAUAGAAAUCCAUACUAUAUAUUCGCGUGAAAUCACUGAAAACCGGAUGUGACAUUUAAGAGACCCUUUAGAAAACAAUUUCCGUGGCACGUUUUUGUGACCUAUUAGAAUAACAAAACAAUUGUCUUGUUUUCGUUCUGUAUUUCUUUUUUACAAAGUAUUUAAGAGAGAAUUUGAUCCAAAAAAAUAACAAGUCUAU